ACAGUUGUGACUCUGGAUCCUUCACGUUGGGACAGAUGGUUCUCUCCAGAUGUUUGUAUGAUUCACGCUGAAACAGCUGCUGGGCAACUCAUUGUGGAAGUCAGGGGAUGCAGGUGCAGUCGGUUCCCCUCGGCUCGGUCACCAUCGGCCCGCUGUCUUGGCGCGAUGGGACGGUUCGCUCCAUCCGGUGUGCAGAGCGCCUGGUGCGGGAGACUCGAGCAGGGAGGUCGGCGGCGACUCGCAGCCGGACCCGGGGCAGCAGCGCCGGGUUCACCGCGAGGCGCACAGCGGAAACAACCAGAGACGAUAAGAUGACAGAGGAGGAAAGUGGAGCAGAGAGUCGUGACUGCAAAAUCAAGAUGUCCAGGCCCCAAACUACAGGAGGCACGUUCCCCAGUUCGUCCCUGAGGACACGUGUGGCCCCGUUUCCGCCCAGCAGCUUGCGUGAGCAGUGUGCCGGGGUCAGCGGCGCUGUGGCCUGUGAGUACAUGCGCAGGGUGCGGGAGGUGGAGGGCCAGCUGCGAAGGCAGGCCGGCAGGGUCACCCAGGAGGGGGUCAAGUUGGAGCGGGAGAGGGGUCACCUGGAGAGGAUGCUACGCAGCAUCAGCACCAAUCUGACCGUCAACAGGAAGAGCUCUGAAGGGAGGAAGAGGAGACCAGCCGCUGCUGAGACGGAGAGAGACGGUGCUGAUUACUUGCUGCUGUGUGAGAGAAGAGAGCUGGUGGAGCUGAAACAAGAUCUGGAGGCAGCGCUGAGGAAUGCACUGACCCAGCUACAGGCCCUGGGUCAGAGCAGCAGACGGCUGCUGGACUGUGCCGGGGAGAGAGCUCGUGUCCUGGAGCUGCUGCCUCACAGCGGCUCGGCUUCAGGACGUUACAGCACCGCUCAGACCUUCACCAAAACAGACCCAGUCAGCCCCUUUACACCAGAGUGCAAACAAGUCUUAGAGUCAUCUACUGUGACAGUCAACCAGUCACAGCUACUGAGGGAAACCAUCAGACAGAAGCUGACCAGCGCCAUCGCCAGGCAGAAAGCUGCACACUGCACCGUCAACGAUGGCCUAGUGAAGAAAAUUGCAGAGACAAUCAGUCUGCAGCAAAACCUGACUUUGGCGUGUGCAGCCACCCGGCAGGCCUUGUUCCGCAAGCAGAGGGAAAUCAACUGUAUCCGUCACAGCCACGGCAGAGCGCAGGGUCCAGAGUCCAGCGGCGACACACUGUCCAGAGAGAAACUCAACAGGCCUCUGGUGCAGGUUUAUCAGAGACACCCGGGGACUCGGUUACCUGAGGCUGCACAUCUCAUACAGGGCAGUGCAGUGCUCAGACAGUGCCUCAUGUCCUCUGAGGGCGAGCUGGCGAAGCUGCACUGCGCCUGUUUACAGCUGCUGGACGACCUGCAGGGCAAGAGAGAAGCAGCUCGGGUGGACGCAGGCGUGAUUCGCAUGAGGCGUCAGCAGGUCGACAAGCGAGCCAUGCCUUCUCUGCUCCAGCAGGGGGCAUCAAGAGGCCAAGUCCACUUGUCUUGUGUGGAAUAGAGCUGCAGCGAGUUUGAGUAGAGAUGGUAGAGCUAAUUCAAUGUGUGGUGAGAACAGGAAGCUGUGUGCAAGAAUAUUAGGUAAAAGCUGCACUAUGUUGCCAAAAGUAAGUAGAAGCUGCUGUAGAUUUACUCCUGUGUACUUUAGUUUGAUAGUUUUGUUCGGGGCCAUUUCCUAUUUUUUGUCCCCUUUAGUGCAGUAAAACCCUGACAUGUAUUACAAGCUAUAGGUAUUUAAAGUGUUUCAAAACAACGAGCCUGACUCUUCUGUGGAAAACGUUGCACUUCUCUGUCCGAGAGAUAAGCAGAUUUGUCAACAGUGACUCAAGAAAACUUCAACAAAUUCAGUCCCAUAUUUCUAAAUCAUGUUUGUCUUGUUUAUGUGACUGUGAGAAUCUUAAUUGUCCUGGUGCAACAACCCUCAGAAAAAAAUAAAUACCGAGAUUCAUUCGCUGAAAU